GCUGACAAGAAGCCGGUGGAAGCCACAGCAUAUACAGCAAAUGCCCUGAUCCACGUGAAACCUUUGCCCAGGGGGAGGAGACUCGGACCGUGACAUCUCAGCUAUGCUGUGCGCAAGCCCAGGGAGAAGCCAGCAACGUUUUCAAGCCGAGCACUGAGAGGAACCGAGCAUCACAGCGUCUAACCAAGGUUGCUCCUGCUGGUCUGGAGCAGAUUUUUACCUUCCUUCCCCCCCCUCGGAAAUGAACCAGAGACUCCACCUGCCGUCCUUCUUACCUGGAGUCCUCGCCAACAAUGAAACUAUAGCCAGAUCAGACCACCAAAGAGAGAAGAGGAUUUUUCAUGUAAAGCUAGGCUACCAUUGCAUCUGAAUUCUAUUUUUGUACGUUGGAUUCACCGGGGACUUUUUUAAAAGUUUUAUGUUGUGGUUUCACGUUUUGAAACAUCCUGACCAUUUCUGUCCAGAGCUGCUGCUCUUUGAUUUUUCUUUUAAUUGGUGUUUCUGGGCUUUUUAUUUUGGCCUCGUUCGACUUUGCCCAUGGCGUUUCUGAUGAAGAAGAAGAAGUUCAAAUUUCAAACCAUUUUUACUUUGGAGGAGUUGACGGCAGUUCCCUUUGUGAAUGGUGUUUUGUUCUGCAAAAUCAGACUGCUGGACGGAGGAGACUUUGCCACCUUGUCUUCCAGGGUUGAAGUGCAGGAGAAUUGCGUCCGUUGGAAGAAGAAAUUUACCUUUGUCUGUAAAAUGAGUGCCAAUCCCACCACCGGCCUCUUGGACCCCUGCAUCUGCCGCGUGUCCGUCCGUAAGGAACUGAAGGGAGGGAAGACCUUUUCCAAGCUAGGAUUUGCUGAUUUGAAUCUGGCAGAAUUUGCUGGCUCUGGGUUCACAGUCCGGUGCUGCUUGCUGGAAGGAUAUGACACGAAAAAUACCCGGCAAGAUAACUCCAUCCUGAAGGUAACAAUCGGCAUGUCCCUGCUUUCCGGAGACCCCUGCUUCAAAACACCUCCGUCGACAGCCAAGUCCAUCAGCAUCCCAGGGCAGGACUCCACCCUCCAGCUCACCUGUAAAGGUGAGGGGACGACCAUCACCACCACCACCACCAGCACGCCUGCCACUAUUGGGUCAGUCCGCCAGAACAAGUCCAGACCCAGCAUCCUUGGCUCAGGCGUACCAGAGGAACCAGAUCAGAACCUGUCCAGUCCAGAGGAAGUUUUCCAUUCAGGGCAUUCACGAAAUUCCAGUUACGCCAGCCAGCAAUCCAAAAUCUCAGGCUACAGCACUGAGCAUUCACGGUCCUCCAGCAUGUCCGACCUGACCCACCGCCGGAACACCUCCACCAGCAGCAGCACCUCCGGCGGGCUCAGCAUGACGGUGGAGUGCCCGGAGGGCGAGCGAGACCACAAGGUGGAGAAGCCUCCUCGGCCACCAAGACCCGCUCUUCUGCUGGACAGAUCAUCCAGGAGGAAAAAAGAUUCUGUGGAGAGCCACCCCACGUGGGUGGAUGACACUCGGAUCGAUGCCGAUGACAUUGUGGAGAAAAUUAUGCAGAGCCAGGACUUCACGGACGUCAGCAACACUGAAGAUAGCAACCUGAGGCUCUUUGUGAGCAGAGAUGGCACAACUACACUAAGUGGGAUUCAGCUUGCAAACAGAGUCUCAUCUGGAGUUUACGAGCCAGUGGUAAUCGAAACCCAUUAAAUGUGAACAGGCCAGGCUUGACCUGCUGGAAACAGUCUCCGGCUCCAUCCGCAGUCAAGAUGGACGCCCUGUCCUCUCCCCGCUUUCCCUUCGAACCCUUUCUUCAUGCAACAUUCCAGGCUGGACUUCCGCAGCUCCACCCCGUGAUGCACGUGCACACUCCGGACCCGCUCUGAGCCGAACAACACUCCAGGACGUGGACUUUUGCUCCGAGCUGGGGGAACGGGAGGCAGCGACUCAAAAGCUCUCAUCAGUCCUCUCCCUGUCGCAAGUGCCAUCUCAGAGCCUCUCCAGCCCCCACGGGGAGGAGGAAAUUGUGCACUCCCUCCUGUGCGCCGUGCCUCUCGGGGCCUGUCCCCCUCAGCCAUGGGGUUAUACCACUGUGAGCUUCUCAGCCCCCCAGACUGCUCCAAGCGGGGCACAGGGGAGAAAAACUAUCACGGAUGCAGUGCAGAGGCAGCCGGUUGGAUGCCUUAUCCAGCCGGGCACGUUUGUCAACAAGCUGUGCCAUGUGAAUUGCAAGCAAGCCUUGAUCUGAAGUCUACAGCUACUAAACAACCUGAUUUUUAUUUGAAGGCCCGAAGCCGCAGAGUUUCAUAGUAAAUGGCUUACGGUUGGCUGGUUGGCUUGUCCUUCCAAAAUUGCAUUUGAAGGAUCACUAAGAAAUGGAAGAAAGGGUUCGUUUCAGAAACGAGCCAACGAAAUAUUAUGACUGCUGUUCGCAUCAGCAGCAGCAGUCUUUUAGAAGCCCCACCCCCUUCCACUGCAGGCAUGGAAGGGGCCGGCUUCAUGUCGAUUCCAUUUCGGGGAGCGCUUCAAGGGCUCCUAACAGGCCCAAGAGGGCAGCUGCAAAAGGCUUGCUUCACAAGCAGCAUCCGUGCUGACUUUUCCCCCCUGCAGCGACCCACCAGCCUUUGUGGACGGGUGUGGGGCAAACAGCCGGAGCCUUGAGGCCCGCAGUGGUUGCGGAGCCUCGUUCGAGAACCAUCGGACCUGUCCUGAUUGCUGUUGCGUUCCAGGCCAGAAAAAGGUGCUUGGAUUUGGAUAAUGCCUCCCACCAUCCUGGCUGGGAGCAUUCGACGCUCUCCCCAGCUGGGGAGGCGAUGGACUCCCUCACCGGUUCUGGUCGGGCCUUGAUUAGCAGAGAGGAGGUGUGGCUGCCGAAAAAGCGGCUGCCUUCCCCUUGCCAAACCCCUUGCGCAGAAACGUGGUCUAACGUGCCUCGAACCGUCUGUGUAACUGCUGCUCGAUUAACAGGCCUUUGCCCAGUCAGGCUUCCUCCAGAUUGGCUGGACUGCCAGCCCCAUCAACCCCAGCCGCACCGCUGGGACCUCCCACACCUCUGGCAGAGCCCUGGCGGUGGGCAGCUGUAUUCUGGCCCUUCCUGCCAGGCCAGGCUAAGCCUGAGGCAUCCGUGCAGCGGAAAGAGGCAGUGCAACGAACGGUGCCACCCGAGAUGGUGGGGCGAGAGAUCCCAUGUUUGGAUGCUCCCCUGGAGUAAGGAGAAAUCCCCGGCCAGUAGAAAGCUAGCACAUCAGAGAGAGAGGGUCCAACCACACCUCUCUCUAGAUUUCUCUUUGCAGGGAGUGCCUCCUGGUGGGAAACUCCGGUCCUCGGGAAUCUGCCUGCUGGGUCUCUUCCCAAUAGCUGUCUGAUGUCCUCAUCUCGGUGUGGCACACUUCUUGGGCUGGGGGGUGGAUUGUUGUUCUGUGAAACAGAUGCUUACCCUUUCCCCACCUUCCCUGUAGUGCUGCGAUGCGGGGUUGGGGGGCAUUUCGUGAGGCUCCCUGCUGUGGCCCUUAUAAAUCCGUCCUGGCAGCUAGUUCCCCUGUGGCGGGCAAAUUCCGUGCCCCCUGCGUACACGUGCAGCCCCUCUGCCCUCUUCGGUAUCCCCACUUCCCUCGUGGCUGCUGUGCAGAGAGCACGUUUGUCUGUUUACACACACGGGGCCUGAGAGCGUGGCAGAGGCCACGGCGCUCCGUUCAAGCGGCGGUGGGCAAGUUUUGUCCCUCCAGAGACCUGGCCGACAGUGCCCGGGCUCCCUAGCCGUGGAAGUCGCCGGCCAGAUAGAAGGCAGCAAGUGGCCCACGCCUGCCUUAACGCAUGUGUGCUAAGCACCUGCGCAUGUUCACACGCAUGCACACAGGUGGUCGUGCAGCAAGGGGAAAGAUACCUGAUACCCGAGUUGAUUUGUGGCGGGAUGCCAUAGGGCCGUGCAGCCAGGUGGACUGCAUGGAAUUCGGGAGGGCGGCCGAGGACUGAGAAAAGGCGGUUCCAGCGCUGCGGCUGGACAGGAGCGGGCGCCUCGGGGGCCCCUGCCAUUUCGCCCACCCCUGCCGUGGCCACCUGUCGCACAGGUACAGCCGAAGCGCCGUCUGCGGCGCAGAACUUCAAGAACAGGCUCUCAAAAGCCAGCGUUGCUGCGGGGAGGCGGCGGAAAGCUGCCUUCGACCUGCUUGCAGCGAGGCCCGGCUCCCAGUGGGGAUCCGGUGAGGUGUGUCUUUCAGGCAUCUCGUCCUCCUUCGCGUCGCCUGCUGUCCCCAGGCCUGGCGAAGAGGGGAGCGGUUCCCCCAUUUUGUGGCCAAAGGAUUGCCAGGCCUGUGGAUGACCACGGCGCCUGCGCCAGGGUACGGCUGCCAGCGUCCGCCCAACCCUGCAUCCGGGAAGUCCGCAUGGACCACUGCCGUCGCACUUGACCCUUCCGGCAGCUUGGCCCUCCGUUGCCGGAAUGCGUUGCCUUUCUCAGUACGAGGCCCAUGUGCUCCUGGCUGGUCGGAGCCCAGAGCCCCCCGCCCUGCCCCAGUCCGUCCUAAAAUGACAUCCGUAGCUCUUCUAAGCCAAGUCCCGUUUGCUGCAUAAGCUUGUGGUGGUAAAGCCGGAAACGUUUUAGCCGAAAAUUCUGGUGCUGCUGAAAAUGUUCUUCAUGUCGCAAGUGCUCGCGCCCGGCAUGGUUAGUGUCUUCUGUUAGCUGUUCGAAGAAUGCUUGUUUCCCUUUCUUUCUCAUCGAGAUCCUCAAUCUGCUGGUUUCAUCUGGAGACCUUUCCUCCUCUCUUUCUUUUAUCUUGAAGUGUAUUGAAUUUUGUUGAUCAACCCAGCAGGCUGGAGUUCUGCAGCUUUUUUAAAAAUCAUUUUUCAUCAUCUCUUCUUGAGGGUGGGAUGCAUGAUAAUUCCUAGAAUUAUGGGCGAGUAUGUGGAGGGUCUGAGGAAUCUCUCUUCCGUCUCCUCCUAGUCCAAAACCUCGACUUUUGGGGGAUUUUUGCCAACGGCCACUGCCAAAAUGUGCCGGGAGCAGAGAUUCUCGCUUGCUAGAAGGGAGGAGUAGAGCUGGACUCUUCUCCCUCCCGUGCCCAGUGCCAAAUAGGAACAGACUGGGCUCAGUCGUUCCACAAGAGAGACAUUUUGCGUUUCGGUAUCUUUGAGCUCCUUCUCUGAGGGAAGCAAAGGCUCCCGCCCUCGCUGCUUCAGAGAAUGGCCCCCGCCCCCCAUUUUGGGGUGUUGCUUUGCUGUGUUUUGUUUCCCAAAGGCAUGGAUGUUUUCUUUGAAGGACCAUUCAGAGUUGGAGAAAUAGCUUGAUUCAGGUGUCCGGUCGGAUCGCUUUUCCGCCUUUCCUUCCGUGUCCCACCCACUUUGAGAGAAACUUCUCCGGCUGCGCAGCUGGGCUGCGCAGGCCCCGUGAACCUCUGGGAGGUCUCCCACCCCCAUUGCCAGGUACGCAUUGCAUUAGCGCGCCCAAGGUAAGUCCGCCCCUCCUGGAGAGGGGGACCAAGGAGGGCACAGGCCGCCUCCUUGCUUAAUCUCAGGAGCUGCUAAGCGACCCCAGCCUCUUCCCGCUUCCCUCCGUGAGCUAGCGAAGGACCUGCCCGGCUACUUCUUCCGAGCCCUGUGGACAGGGCCGGUCUCUUGGGGCUAGGCCCACAAACGGUUGUGCCUGGUCGCAAGCGUUUGUCGCAUCGGCGGUCCUCCGCAUCCAGAGGGACCAAAUUCUGCCUCGGCGUCUCCUUGGCUCACCUUUGCUUUCCCUGGCCAGCUAGUGCGGGGAGCUUUGGCCUCCCCCACGACCUGGAGAAGUAAAAGGGUCGUCCCUGAUUCUUUAUCUUGCUUCAAGAAAUGAUGUCUGUUAGUGUGUUCGUUUUUUCUUUCUUUUGAAGCCCAUAUUUUUGAGGGGGUUAGAAAAACAGAGAGAUCACCUUUAUUUUCUUGGAAAGUUAAUGAAGCUCAGGUGAGAUGCGUGCUCAGUUUAUAUUCAGAUAAUUCUAUAGUGAGUGAGCACGUAGAUAUUUUUGGAAAGGGGAAAUGGGACUAUGCAAACUUCAGAAAUCGCUUGAAGAGAUAGUUUUAACACUUUCUAAACUUUGAAAUCCUAAAAACAGAUUAAAAUUUAAAGAUGCUGUUGGCGUUGAAAGGAAGUAUAGAAGAGAUGUUAGUUCUGCUGUUCUAUUUUCUUUGAAAAGCUCGUGGGGUUAGAGGUGAAUCAGUCUUGUGGUAUCUUUUACACACGCACACGCGCACACACAGACACACAGUUUUUAACUUGCUCCUCUAGUGUUUUGGUUUUCUAACAGAACGCUGUGCCGUCUUUGACUCGACUGAUCGUGUUUGUAUUCUCUGUUACCUGGUUCCUAAUGUAGAGAAACCACGAAUAUAAAGAAGAAAUCACUAUUAAUGUCAAAUGUCAUUAUGGUUUUAGGGGAAAUAAAGGUGUUUUUGUGUUUUG